AUGGUCGGAUGUGCUAUUGUGGUGGGUGUCUAUCGCCAUAAACUAGCGAUGAACUCCAUCGUGGAGCUGACUAGUGACGUUGUCGCUGUUUGUGCUAGCGGAUGUCCUUCUAAUGUCGACAGACCGCUCUCAUCGAGGGACUGCAUUGGUCGAAACGGGCUAGUGGUGUCACCUUCUUGCCCCUUUGCUAACGGCGGUGGCAGACCGGCAAUCUUUCUUCUACACGACCGUAAACGGCGGUGCUGUAUCUACCUUUCCGUCCGCAGUUCUGUAUCUUGUUGCGAGCGAAUCUAUCCAUAA